CCCAAUCUUCAGAGUCCAGAGUAGGAGGCACAGACUACAGAAAAUGAGCAGCGGGGCUGGUAAGGUCGUCUGCGUCACCGGUGCGUCCGGUUACAUUGCUUCAUGGCUCGUGAAGCUUCUUCUUCAAGGCGGUUACACUGUCAAGGCCUCUGUUCGCGACCCAAAUGAUCCAACUAAGACAGAGCACUUGCUCGGGCUUGAUGGAGCUCAAGAGAGACUUCAACUCUUCAAAGCAAAUCUAUUGGAGGAAGGUUCUUUUGACUCUGCUGUUGACGGUUGUGAAGGGGUUUUCCAUACUGCUUCUCCCUUUUAUCAUGAUGUCACAGAUCCAAAGGCAGAACUACUUGACCCUGCAGUAAAGGGAACCCUUAAUGUUCUUAAUUCGUGUGCGAAAUCCCAGUCUAUCAGACGGGUGGUCUUGACAUCUUCUAUAGCUGCAGUUGCAUAUAACGGAAAACCUCGAACUCCUGAUGUAGUUGUUGAUGAGACUUGGUUUACUGAUGCAGAUUUUUGUAAGGAAUCAAAGCUAUGGUAUGUGCUUUCAAAGACUUUGGCUGAGGACGCUGCCUGGAAAUUUGUAAAGGAGAAGGGUAUUGACAUGGUUACAAUUAACCCUGCAAUGGUGAUUGGUCCUCUGUUACAGCCAACACUUAAUACAAGUGCUGCAGCAGUUUUGAAUGUUAUUAAGGGAGCUCGAACAUUUCCCAAUGCAAGUUUUGGAUGGAUUAAUGUUAAAGAUGUUGCCAAUGCACAUAUUCAAGCAUUUGAGAUUCCUUCAGCUAGUGGCAGAUAUUGUUUGGUUGAGAGAGUUGCACACUUCUCGGAAGUUGUGAGAAUUUUACAGGAGCUGUACCCUGGUUUGCAACUUCCAGAGAAGUGUGCGGAUGAUAAGCCUUUUGUGCCAACAUAUCAGGUGUCCAAGGAGAAGGCAAAGAAGUUGGGUGUUGAAUUCAUUCCAUUAGAGGUUAGCCUCAAGGAAACAGUUGAAAGCCUGAAGGAAAAGAAUUUUGUCAAUUUCUGAGUCUUCUUGUUUCAGUACUGUGAGGGUCUUUGCAAUAAAUUCGGUCUGUGCUAUGUUUCGGUUGGUGUUUUUGGUUUAGUGACUUAGUCUACUUGGACCCAAAACAGAAAAACCGGACUUAGUCUCCAGCUUGUUGAUUCCUAUAUAUUUACCCACGUGUCUGCAGAAUACAGAAGAAAUUAACUAUUGAAUAAGAUAUUGGAUUACUGAGAGUCAAGUGUAUUCAUGGAACUUUUAUUCUCUUUGAUAUUAAUAGUGAUCUCCCUGUAUUUCUUGUACUGU